CAACCCGCACCGAUCAAGAUCGCAAGCCACCGCGCUUCUCCGGCCCAUCGAGCAAUCGACCGCGUCCAUACCAGGACGCAGACACGCGCACUCCGACGCAGCCGACGACCGAGGCAGCCCGCAUGGCCGGGCAGUCAUGCUCGUCCCCCUCGUCCUGCGCAACAUUGUCCUCCCCUACCUACGAUCGGGGAGCCGCGCGGGCGUAGCUGCUUCGCAAGCGCAGCGCCGGCGGGUCGCGAGCACGGCAGCGGCCGCUGCGGCGCAUGCUCAGGCGCGCACCGAUCUCGAGCGCGACGAUGUGCGCUGGGAGCCGUUCCGCAUCGGCCCGCGGGCAGAGCAGGUGCUCUCUGUACAUCGGCGGCCGCCAAACAAGCCGCCAUUGCCAAGUGCGUCUGAGGCUAAGGCGGCCUUGUCUGGGCCACCGUCAGAACCACCACGAGAACCAGAAGCGAAACCUAAUCCAGAAUCAGAUCGACCGGGGAGACCUAGGAAGGAGGAGAAGAGGGGGAGAGCCAAAGUCGGCGGAGACUCGCAGCCCACUUCCAAAACCCCACCUGCACCCUCAUCUAAGCCUUCCCAUGAGCCUGAGAGGAAACGCAGUCCGCAGCCCCCUCCCAGGUCGGACGAGGUUGACCUGACGCGCGUGCGCCUCAAAUAUCGUGCGCUGUCGAUCCCCGUGCCGCUGCGCAAAUUGCUCGACGCCAAGCUGUACCGCGCAGCCGUCUUCAGCCUGCUGGAGGCGCCCGAGUGGAUGGCCGACGAAGAGCUGGUGCUGGCGGUGGUGGACCGACUGGAGGACAAGGGCGCGCUGCAGCUGGCGCACCGGCUGCGGCGAACGCUGGAGAUGGGCGCCGUCGGCAGCAACGGCCGCGUGCGUCUGUGGAGCGAUCCCGCGCCGAAGAACCGUCCUCGUGCACCGCCCGACAACCGCGUCCCACUAGUCCCGCGACGCGCCUACCCCGAGCCGACGGAGCAGGGGCGCCGAACACACCACUGGAACCUUCUCUUGACGCAGUGGCUCACGGUGCGGCACCCCAUCCCCUACGCGUCUCCGUUCCCGCGCCAGAAGCCGAACGGGCACACGGCCGCGCCAGCGCGCCUCCGCCGCCUCCGCGACGUACUGCACACGAUCGACAAGUUGCGCGCGAGCCGCGGAUUCGUGCCGGACCGCGUCACAGCCAACAUCGUCCUCAAGGCGUACCUCUCCUGCCUUGCGCGCGGGACAAUCGGCGAGGGACGCGAUGCGCACCCGCUUCCCUUCCGUCCUGGGCUGCGCGCCGAGGACCUGCGCGAUGUGUUUCGUUUGAUUGCCGAGAGCAUCGAGGAUGGACUGAACAAAGGCCUUGUUGUUCGUGAGGACGUGGGCGAGGAUGGCGAAGACAGCAAGCGAGCGAUGAGCAAGCGAGCUACGAGCACGCGCAAGGGGCCGAACGUGCGGCUCGCAGGCCUCGAAAUCCUCGACAAGUUCGACCCGCACGUCUCAUACGAGGCGCAUGUGCAGCCGUUCGCGCGGAUGAUGGGGCGGGCGAUGGCGCGAGUCGGGGACCAUCGCGGUCGCGUCGCCAUCGAGAAGUGGGCCGAGGUCAUGCGCGAGCGCAUCCACAAGCUUCAAGGGCGCGCGGGGGUCAUUGGCGGGGGGGCAGACAAAGCGGGCGGCGAGAAGGACAAGGGCGACGGGGGAGCAUAG